AUGUACGAAAACAAGCUCUCAAAGUUUGCCUCGCCUGAAUGGACUUGCAUCCCGUUCGAGAUUCACCCCCCCAAUGUAUUUGACCAAAUGGUCACAAUUUUGGUUGACGUUGAAGCGUGUUUGGCCACUGCCCAUGAGCUGAUACCAACGCACGACCUUGCGGGAAGAGCAAAACUGGAAUUAAGAGCGUCAGCCGAAGCAACCGUAGCUAAGCUGUUGCGGUGGGAACGGCAGUUUGUGCCACCUCUGACGAUUCAAGAGAUGAACGGCAUCUUUGAAGAAAAGAGUUGGCCAUCGGUUCCUUCGCCCUCGCCACCAACUAGACCGGAUACCGCCCAUGAUACUUUCCCAUCGUCUCAUUUCGCGAGUAUGCCAGAGGCGGCUUUGUUGUCCCUGUAUCACGCUGCCUGUAUAGUUGUCUACCGCUUAUUAGCCGCAGCGCGAGACGAUGUGUCAGCCGAUGUCGAUCGACUGCUGAUGCACACCCGGGAGAUUAUACGGGCUUACAAGUUUGUGGAAAGGGUUGCAGAUAAGGCACCUACCAGUAAUUUGGGGCCCGUGAUGAUGGUUCCGCAACUGAAGAUGGCGUCAGUGUGGGGUGUUGACGAGAGUCAGAGAGUGAGGGCUAUGCACAUGUUGAAGCGAGUCGGCCAGCAUCAGAACUUCGCUCUUGGGGACAUUGGGGACUUGCAAGAUGCUUAUUUUGCGAGUGUGGCGUCUUGGGUGGUGGCCCAUUCGCGCCGUUGA